CUUUCCAUCUUAUCAUUAUUUUGACCUAAUUUUCAAAUCCGCCCCUAUUAGGGUUUUCACCUUCACAUCUCCCGCUUCUUCAUUCCCAUUUGAUUUCCCCUUCUUCGCUUCCAUUACUGGGUACUCUUCUCUCUUCUCUCCCAUGGACAUCGACGCCGUUCGCAAGAGGGAAAGAACUGAAACCGCCUUCAAUGGAAACGGCAGCUUUAAGAAGCUCAAACCAGAAAUGGACUCCUUAUCUACUGGUUUAGGAAGCAAAUCGAGGCCUUGCACAAAGUUUUUCAGCACUUCUGGUUGCCCUUUUGGUGAGGGGUGUCAUUUUGCGCAUUAUGUUCCUGGUGGAUUCAAAGCAAUUUCUCAGAUGAUCACUCCUGCUCUCCCCCCUGGGAAUAGGAAUCCAGUACCCCCCCAAUCCUUUCAAGAUGGUGUUUCUCCUCCAGCUGUCAAGACACGUUUGUGCAAUAAAUUCAACUCAGCCGAAGGCUGCAGGUUCGGUGACAAAUGUCAUUUUGCUCAUGGUGAGUGGGAACUUGGAAGGCCAAAUCCGCCACAAGAUCACGGUGGAAUGGGACAAAUGCAACAACCUAGAAUGGGUGGUGGAUGGAAUGUUCCUCCACCACCUAACCAUGGACCUGCUGCUAGCUUUGGGGCCUCUGCAACUGCAAAGAUUAGUGUCGAUGCAUCACUUGCAGGCCCCAUUAUUGGGAAAAAUGGUGUCAACUCAAAGAAUAUUUGUCGAAUGACAGGGGCAAGGCUCUCUAUAAAAGAACACGAGUCAGACCCUAGCCUGAAGAACAUUGAGCUUGAGGGUACUUUUGAUCAGAUCAAUCUAGCUAGUUCGAUGGUGCGCGAGUUGAUUGCGAAUGUUGGCGCUGCCUCUGCCAAUAAUGCCAUGAAGCAGCAUCAUUCAGCCACGCAGCAAUCUUCUGGCUCCGCAAACAACUUUAAGACGAAGCUUUGUGCCAAUUUUGCGAAAGGUACUUGUACGUUUAGAGAAAGAUGCCAUUUUGCCCAUGGUGAAAGUGAAUUGCGCAAACCAGGUAUGUGAAUGACCACUUAGCCAGCAGUCUUUGUAGCAGCAGCGGAUCUCUUCUUCAAAAAAUGUUCUUUUUUUCUGCUUUUCUCUGUUUGAAUUAUUUGUUAAUUUUGUAAUACGAUAUCCGAUUACUUUGUAAGACAAGCAUUUUUCAACCAAGAAAUCGGGAGGAGAUUUUGAAAGCUCUGAACUUUAAUGGAAUCAGCUCGUGCUGUUCUUUGCAA